AUGAAACAGCCCCUGAUCCUGUCCCUUCUCCUGCUGGGGACGGUUUCUGCUUUUCAUCUGGAGACUGCUCGUCCCCAUCCGGAGAGCUCGAAGAAAGAGAAAGAUCUGAUGCAGGGUGCAAACGGUUGGAGGGAGCCAGGAGGAGAGUUGGCUCUGACUCAAGAGACAACGCAAACAGAGGGAGAGGAGGUUGAGGGUUCUGAACAUCAAGACAUCUUCAAGGAUGAGGAAGCAAUGGAGUCAGACCCAGAGGCUUCAGAUGAGGACUCGGCAUGCCCCCGGGAAGAGGACACAGCUCGUUUGCAGGGAACCCCUGGGUGCAAGAGCUGCCGAUAUGUGCUGGUGAGGACUCCCAAGACAUUUUUUAAGGCUCAGAGCGUUUGCAGGAGAUGCUACCGAGGCAACCUGGCUUCCAUCCACAGCUACAGUUUCAACUACCAAAUUCAGUGCUUGGCCAGGAAGAUCAACCAGGCUUCUGUCUGGAUAGGAGGCAUUCUCAAGGGCUGGUUCUUCUGGAAGAAGUUUCGCUGGACUGAUGGCAGCUGCUGGGAUUUUGGAUUCUGGGCCCCAGGGCAGCCUGGGAAUGGGGGAGGACACUGUGUGACUCUAAGUACCAAAGGGGGCCGUUGGCGAAGAGCUUCAUGCAAAAGCUGCCUGCCUUUCAUCUGCUCCUUCUAA